UAAACCUUUCAUUCACUUCUCUUUCCCCCAAAAAAAAAAACUUUCACUUCUCUCGGACUGUCUCCUCCCAUCCUCUUCCUUCCCUGGCGGCGACGACUGGGCGAGCGGCGGCUCCAUUUGUCCUGUGUUCGCACAGCUCUUUGCCGGCGACGAGCGCAUCCUCCAGGCGGCGUGUUGGCUACUAGUUGUGGAGGCCGGAGAGGGAGGCGAGGAAGGAGGGGGCGAGGAGGUGGUAGCAUAGCCACCGAAGUUCCGAGGACAACGGAUCGAGGAACGAAGAACAGAGAAUGGCAUUUGGGUUGGUUUUUACACUGCGGGGACGAAAAUGUUCCCCAUUCCCGUCCUCGGAACAGCGUUCCCGGAACGUGCAAUGCCACUCCGUUCCACGUUCCUGGUGACUAUGGUUGGAAGGAGGGGAGGGUGCAGUUGCAGUAUUUCUGUGCUUGAUGUGUCAUAUCAAUUCCUACUUCUCUGGUGAUGCCCGCAUUUUGGAUCAAGACUGAAGGAUAGAGGAAUAUUCAUGAGUUGAGGUUGAGGGUAAACAGAGGAAGCUAUUCAUAGGAGUUGGAUGAUCAGAUUACUUCAUUAUGUUUAAAGCUUAUUAAGCGAUAUACUGCAACAGAUAGAUGACUCCAAAAUGGAAUGAAUGCUCUUCAAAUAGCUACAGAGAACUAUCUUCACAUGUAAUUGGAGAAUCCAAAUCAACCUUAACAGAAACAGUCCUUUCACCCACGAGCUGUUUUGAUUUACCAACUGCCAACACAAUGUGCUCCCUAUCUCCACAGAAGAAGGAUGGCAAUGUUUAUAAAAGGCGGAAGAUGGAUAAGGAUUCAAAUUCUCUUGCGACAAAUGAAGAGGCUAAAGAAAUGAUGACUCAAAGUUGCACAGCUUCUGAUGAGCAGUCAUCAUUAGUGCUACCCGCAGUCUCCUCAGAAGUAAUGCCUUCCAAUUCACAAGCCAACAUGAUAGGUCACAUCCUAGAUUGUGAAGGGCCUAAAGGGGUUUCAUUGGAGCCAAAUUCUGGUAGUAAUGUUUCAAAUAUGUCACCAUCUUCCAUGAUUCUAGACAAAAAGGAUGCUCCUGAAUGUUCAUCAUCAAAUAUCAGCCCUACUGAACCAAUUACUGAGCAUAUGUCACCAAGGGAUCUUUGCAUCGCCAUACUGAAAAAAGAUGGACUCAUAACUGAAUCAAGAGCAAGAAUUAAAGAUGAAUUCACUGACAAUGAUGCCAACCCAUUGUUGGCAUGCAAUACUUGUGGCUGCUUGGAUCGUUCAUUAAAGAUGCUAAUAUGUGAUUCUUGUGAAGCAGCGUUUCAUUUACCUUGUUGCAUCCCUUGUAUUAAGGAACCACCAACUGACGAAUGGUAUUGUGCGCCAUGCUUGUGUAAGAAACCUAAGAGUCUUUAUGGCAAACUCUUGGAGGGCAAGGUCAAGCUUUCCAGGAAUACUAACCAAAGGCCUCAUGGCAUGAGUCAUAUAGAGUACAUGCUUAAGGAUGCUGAACCAUAUGUUACUGGGGUUCGAAUUGGUAGAGAUUUUCAAGCAGAAGUGCCAGAAUGGUCUGGUCCAACCUCCAGCCGUGAUGGUUAUUUUGACGAGCCCUCUGAAUUUGACCCUGCUGAACUAACUAAAUUUAAUUUGCGCAAAACAAGUAAUCAAAGCCAAUCUUCCAUUGGUAAUUGGAUACAAUGCCGUGAGACCUUAAACCCAGGAGACUCUGACAAACAAGUUGUCUGUGGCAAAUGGAGAAGGGCACCCUUAUAUGUUGUACAGACAGAUGAUUGGGAGUGUUUUUCUUGUCUUCUUUGGGAUCCUGCACAUGCUGAUUGUGCUGUUCCGCAGAUAUCUGGAAUUUUAGACUUUUUUGAGCAAUUCCCUCCAUUGGAGUUGAAGACCAGUGAAGUUCUGAAGCAGCUGAAGUUUGUAAACACGCUAAAGAACCAGCUGGAACAAAAUCAAAAGCCUGCUUAAAUCCCAGUGUCACAGCGGACAGCGGGGUGGUUCCGUAUUGUAUGAUUGAGUUACUGACCGUAUGUGGGGUUAUCAUGUAACUAGCCAUCAGUAGUCAAUAGAACAUAUGUGAAUUUUGCU